AAAAAAAUUCCUAUAAAUAUAUUAUUAAAAGGCACACCUUUUAUUUAUGAUCACACCUUUUUUUUUCCCUACUGAUCACACAUCUGAAAUUGAUAAAUUAACGACUUUGCGAAAAAAAAAAAUUGAUAAAUUAAUCAUUAUAACAAAAGAGCGAGAUAGAGAUCGCAGAAGAGUCGGAUAGAAAUUUGAAAUGGAGGGUGAAAUCGAAAGCUUCAUCAAGGUAUGGAUCAUAGCCAUAUUAUGCUUCAGUUAUUGUUAUUACAUAUCAUCAAGAUUACCAAAAGGAAUAACCAGACUUCUUUCUCUCCUACCGGUCUUCUACCUCCUCAUUAUUCUCCCCUUAGAUCUUCAUUCUUUUCACCUUGGUGCUCCCACAACCUUCUUCCUGGUUUGGCUUGCUACAUUUAAACUCCUACUUUUCUCCUUUGGCAAAGGCCCUCUAUCCUCCUCACCCUCGAAAAAUAUUUUCCAUUUCAUUGCCAUAGCUUCCCUUCCCAUUAAAAUCAGGCAAAACCCACCUCAAAAGUUUAUCAAAAAUACCAUAAUCAAAGAGAUCAACACAAACCCAUUUGAUCCAAAUGGUUCAAGAGUGCCUAAGUCAAUCUUAGUGGCCAUAAAAGUCUUGCUUUUAGCAUUGAUAAUCAAGACAUACGAGUAUAGAGCGUAUUUACAUCCCUACUUGACUUUACUCCUCUACUGUUUGCAUAUGUACAUUGGUAUUGAAACCGUUUUAGCCUUGGUUGCUCUUCCGGCUCGAACCAUUUUCGGAUUCGAGCUCGAACCUCAAUUCAACGAGCCAUACCUCACAACCUCGCUCCAAGACUUUUGGGGCCGGAGAUGGAACCUUAUGGUCUCCAGCGUCCUACGUGAGACUGCCUAUGACCCAAUACGACGGGCCUCGCUUGAGAUAAUUGGGCCGAAAUGGGCCCAAUUUCUGGGUGUGAUGUCGUCCUUCGUUGUUUCGGGGCUAAUGCACGAGGCUAUUUACUAUUAUCUCAGUCGGGCGCGGCCCACUUGGGAAGUCACCCUUUUCUUUCUUAUACAAGGAGCGUCCACUGGGAUUGAGAUAGCUGCCAAGAAAGCCGCCGGUGACACGUGGCGUCCGCACAAAGUGGUGACUCGAGUGUUGACUUUGGGAUUCUUAACGUUAACUGGUAACUGGCUUUUCUUUCCUCAGUUGCUUCGAAACGGUGUCCAUGAGAAGGGUAUAAAGGAGUAUUCGCUCAUAAUUGAUUUUGUCAAAGCGGGUUUAAGAUAUCACAGCUAAAAGAAAAAAAAAUGUAAAAAUUAUCAUCAAACAAAUUUACAUAUUUUGUACUAAUGAAGUUCAUAAAACCCCUUUUCAGUAUCA